GCGGUGCUGUCGGCGGCACCAUGAGGGUCCCGCUGGGCGCCACCGUCGCGCUCCUGGCGCUGCUCUGCGGGGCGGCUGCAGAACCUAGCACCCCAUUCCACGGAGACACUGCUCACAGCACAGGGUGUGCCCAGGAUCAGGCUGUCCAAGACCGCUUAGAGAUCCUGGAGGAGACAGUGGAGAAGACGGUGGAGCACCUGGAGACAGAAAUGAAGGAUAUUCUGGGCCUGCUGGAGGGAUUGGCUUGGACCCUGCCACCUGCCCUGGCCUCCACCCCAGACCUCCUGGGAGGCAACGGGCAGCUCAGCGAGAAGCACCGCCAGGUCCUCAGCCCCACCCGGAUCUCUAGAUCUGACUUACCGUCAGUGAGCGAGACGAUGGGUACCACCCACAUAAAAGCUCACCAUUGA